AUGCACGCACUAGAUCGAGACACAAUUCGUUUGCUUGAUGCAGGCCAAAUCAUUGUAGAUUUGGAUGCUAUUGUUAAAGAGCUCAUCGAGAAUUCACUCGAUGCUCAUGCCAAAUCUAUCGAUGUCAAAGACAAUGGAUCUGGUAUCCUCGAAGAGGAUCGUUUACAUAUGACGAAAUGUCAUUGGACUUCCAAAAUUAGUCGCUUUGAAGAUAUUAAUAAUGUUUCUACGUUUGGAUUUAGAGGCAAGUUUAUACAAAGCCCUGUUUCUAUGAUAGGCGAAGCCUUGCAUUCCAUAUGUGCCAUCUCUAAUACUGUCUCUAUUACCACAAAGACGGAUGAUGAUGAUGUAGCAAGAUGCUAUACAUGCAAUAGUAAUGGUGAUAUUAUAAAAAAUACUGCAUCUCCUACGAUUUCCAGCACUGGAACUAUAGUAGCAGUCAAUCAGCCAUUUUGUAGCAUUCCUGUACGAAGACAGAUUGCUCAAAACAAUAGCACUGCUAUUGUAAAAAAGGUUCUAGACUGGAUCAUCUUUAUGGCUCUUCCUCGUCCAGAUGUUCGAUUUUCAUUUCUUUCUUUCAAAGAUUCGAAAAUGUCUCGUGAAAAAAUUUGGAUCAAACCAGUAGCAAAAAAUCUUAUUGAUAAUAUAACUACGGUAUAUGGUGUCAGCUUGACUGAUAUGAUUCAGUACUACACGAUCAGCAAUACAGAUACAGCACCAUUUACCCUUCAAUGCCUUCUUCCUCAACAACAACAAGAAACCAGAAACCGUUUAUUCAAUAUCGAACCUAACAAAACUGCCGUUAUAUUUCACAAUCGACAAUCUAUUAUCAAUCUAAUGGAAAGUUUACUUAACAAGAUAUACACUGGACCUGAUUUAGACUCAUCCGAAAACAGUAGUCUAUCAGCUUCACCAUCCCAGGAAGUCAAUAGUGACGAUUCUGAUUCUGAUUCUAAAGCCGAAACCGAGGAAAAAACCAACCCAUGGGAGUUCACCAUGUUUAGCUCUUCAGAGGAGGGAAACGAUGUAUAUGAACUGGAGUCCAGUACAGAUUAUUCUGAACUAGGAUAUAAAGUACCGUCAUAUAUGGAGUGGUCUACGACAAACAGCAGCCAAAAAAAUUCAGAUAAAUCCACUCAUUCAUCUACCGAGCUUCAAGGUUCAGACGUGUGGGACAUUGGUAUCAGUACUGAUAAAUCUAAUGAUCGUGUGAAUCGUGGUACAGAAAGUGAGCAAAAUAUCUCAGCUCUUCCCAGAAGACACAAAAACACUAGGCAACCACAAGUAAUUUCUUGGUAUGGAGAGUCUUCAUCUAAUAUUCCCUUGAAACGAACUCCAAGUCCCGAAAAUAUUCAAGAUCCAAAGCGACCGGCUAUUCCAAUAGCUACAUCAAGCGGCAGUAAAGAAAGAAGUAGCAAGCAUGCUAAAAAUGAUUAUAUUAUGUGGGGAGUCCCCCGAGAAAGAUCCCUGGAUAUGACCAACACAUCUUCCCUGGAAACCCCGGACCGUCUUUCUUCCAAGCCAGUACCACACUCUACCGGUGUACCACGGCAUCGCACCAUUACGGGUUUUCUAUCUGAGAAACCUAAAUCAGUAAAGACACACUCUGCCAAUACACUUAAUAAUGAAAUGACAGUAAAAGUGGACCACGAAAGGCUCUCAAAGUAUCAACGUGGACAAUACAGAAGAAACCAUUUUCACCGACGAUCUAUGGAAGAUUAUUACAUGUCCACAGAGCCAAGUGUACAAUCUACUAUUGCUGUUUUUAACAGUCCACAGCUGGGUCGCCAGUCGCUUUCUGUUUAUGUACUUUAUGAAAUAAUUCACUUAGGAAAGUGUAUCGAGCAGAUAGGAGUGGUUCAUACUAAAAGAGCUCAGUCUAUUCAGGAGUUUACCAAAUUAAUGAAUACACACAAACUUGGCUGUGAUAUUGUUCUUGAGACACCUGUAAACAUAAUACAAAGCUCACACGAUAUACAUUUCCAAACCCUAUUGAGUCUUAUGGGUUAUCAAAAACAGGUUCAAGAAAAUGGAAUUGCACAAUCAGAAAAGACAUACACUGUAAUAACUGACCCACGUAUUGUGAAUAAUGGCUUUAAUGUUCGAUGGCAUAGAGACUCUCACAGUGGUGAAGUGAAGGUUCAAAUAUUGGCAAUAUGCUCAAUACCAUACUAUGGUCCAUCAGACUGGCGAGAUUUAUUGGAAAAUAUUCGUCAGAAUCCCAACGCACCGUUCGGUCACAUUCGACCUAACAAAGCGAUCGAAUAUCUCGCCACUAAGGCUUAUUCGACCAGCGAUGAUACACCCGUUCCUCUUGAGCCACUACUUCGUGGUCUUUCGUGGCAGGAUUCUAUCGGCAAAUAUGAAAUCACGCCCACUUAUUCUCACACCAUUGCCUAUUCGCUUUCUGGAUCUAUACAUUGCUCGUAG